AAUGUCACUUUCCAACAUGUUAAAGAGUAAAAAAAGCCUUCAAUCAUCAAUUCAAUCCCAAAAACACGAAAAAGUCAUCUCAACCAUCAUAACAUAAACAGAACCAAAAGAUCCACCGAAUCCAACCUUGUCCCCAAACACAAACAAAUUCAUCUAUCUCCUCCUAUAAUCCGAAUCUCAAGAUCUCUCUUUUCCUUUCAAUUUUCAAACUCUUUUUUAAUUUAGUAAUCAAAAUCAAAAUCCACCCUCUCUUCUUACUUUCCGAGAAUUUGAUACUUUCAGUUUUAUUUUCAAUCUUCUCCAAUGGAAACUGUGUUGGAUCAAGCUACUAUCAUUUGUUCUCACUGUGAUCGAGCUAUUCCUGUUGCAAAUGUUGACUUGCAUAAUGCUCAUUGUUCAAGGAACCUCCAAAAGUGCAAAGUUUGUGGUGAUAUGAUUCCCAAAAAAAAUGCUGAGGAGCACUAUUUAACAACUCAUGCACCAGUUUCAUGUUCAUUGUGCAGUGAGAAAAUGGAUCGUGAUAUUAUAAAUAUCCAUGAAGGUGAAAAUUGCCCGAAAAGGAUUGUCACUUGUGACUUCUGUGAAUUCCCACUGCCAGCAGUUGAUCUAGCUGAGCAUCAGGAAGUAUGCGGCAAUCGAACAGAACUGUGUCACCUUUGUAACAAAUAUGUUAGACUUCGUGAAAGAUACAAUCAUGAAGCUAAGUGCAAUGGCGGCAUCAUUCAAGAUAGCACUGUUGACUCUUCAAGGAAUGUGAGGGAACCUGAAAGAGACGAAGGCAUUCAACGGAGGCGGCGGCCGCGGCCGCAGAAUGAGUUCUCAACUAAACUCGUUCUUUUCUCAAUAGCCAUCAUUGGUAUUGCUGUUAUACUUGGAUCUUUCCUCCUGCAGAGAAAGGCAGAUCCAAGUGAGGUCCAUUAACAACAGAGAUGAAACAUUUUUGCAUCUCUCAUAUCUGCUUUUUCUGUAUAAUCCAUUUGCUUGCUUCACAAGUCUUAUGAGAUAUACUUUUUUUUCUUCUAGUGUGUUCAUUAUAACACAUCGGCAUUGUCAUCAUUAUAUAAUUAAAUAUCAGAAAACUAUAUAUACAUAAUCCAUUAUUGUAUUUGAAGAUGACUAAUAUAGUUCUGCAUUUGAUGGAAAUAAAUUAAAGUACGUUUAUAUGAA